CCCAAAUUCGCGACGCAAUGUGAAUUCGCAUCGUAACGACGACAGUUGUGUACGGAAGAGACAGACCUAGCAACAUAGGGUUAACUAUGAAUAACUCCUGUAUUUUGUUAUAUUUUAUUUCAUAAUUACUCCUGGAUCAUAUUUAAACCGUAAUAAUGUAAUUUAGAGCACGAAAAUUAACCGGAGAUGACCUUAAAUUGGCGGCAGGAUGAGUACUUCGAGUCGCUGCUGGCGCAGCCCGAGGACCCGGAGGCACACAGGGCGUUGGAGCUGCUGGUGGAUGAUAUCCACAAAGACAAGGAAAAGACCAUCAAUGCUUUCAUCUCUCACUAUGGUUCCGAAGACUUUCUCUGGGGUAUUGUCCGGCUACUGGCUGAAAAGAAUGCAAGAGUCGCUGGGAAUGCUGCCUACAUCUUUGGUACCCUAGCAGAGCAUGACGUAGGUCAACUUCGUGUGAUGUCACUGGUCAAGGGGUCCUCGCCUCAUCACAUACUGACCGAUCUCACUGGGAUGCUCUCCUACGACGAUACAGAGUGUGUCAUGAAUGCUGCUGGAACCAUGGGAACAUUGGCGGAGAGCAAGGCUGGUAGAGACUGGAUGCUGGGGGAUUCAUGCUUAGAUGAUCUACUGAGAAAGGUUACCAGUCUCCUAUCCUCGUCUAACAUGUGGACCGCUAGCAAUGCAGCUCUUGUUCUUGCCAGGUUAUCGAUAGCAGAGCAGGGAUGUCAGCGCGUGUUGAAUCAUUACAGCUCUCUGCAAAUCUUGACCAAGCUGGUCGAAUCUCUAGGAAUGGACGAAGCAGGAAGGGGGAUGAAUGCAGCAUUUGCCAUUGGACGUCUCUGUGACAUUGAUGAUGGCCGACUGAGAUUGCUGAAUCACAGAGACUCAGAGAAAAUGCUGGAAAGCUUGUGUUGCAUGUUGACCAGUAAAGACUCCGGCUGUGGCAAGAACGCCUGCUACGCUCUGAGCUGCCUGGCAAGCAGUGACCAGGGUCACAAGCGGCUAUUGCUUCACAAGAACUCGGAUCUGAUGCUCCAUCUGCUGGCUCAGCAGCUGAGUAACGACGAUGGAGAGACAGCAUGGUUUGCUGCUAUGACACUUCGAACUCUGGCUGGAAAGAGACAGGGUGUACUCAGACUUAGAGACCAUGCCGAUGUUGUACCACUCCUAAAGCAAAUAUCCCUGACGCCUAGCGUGAACCCUGACCUCUUGGAAGAAGUUGACCUGACCCUUGAACUCUUGAAGCACCUUGCCAGACCCGAAGCUCCUGGGUUAGAGGUCAAAGGUCCCCAUGAGAUAGAGGUCACUUGGCCGGUCGUGGAGUUGAAGAGCGGAUCGCCUGUGACAUACACCUUGUUCUGUGAAAGCAAGCAGGUGUAUCAUGGUCCUGACACUGUGCAGCUAGUCUCUAAUCUCAGACCCUUCACCAAGUAUUCCUUCAAGCUUCAGAUACACACCGAGGGGGAUGACAGUCCUCAUAGCAACGACUGUGUUGCUAAGACACAGGAUGCUGUUCCCGAUGCUCCAGAGGCAUUGCGUAUCCUGGGUAUAACCACCUCCCAGAUCAGACUAGGAUGGGCCCCGCCCCAGUACAACAACGGCGGCCUCAAGGGAUACGUGGUCUACAACGGCAAGCAUCAGGUGGAAAUGACCUCUGAACUCAACUCCAUCAUCAGCGGCCUGGCUCCAAAAACCACAUAUGAGCUUCAUGUAUGUGCAUGUAAUCAUAAAGGGAAAGGACCUAAAUCCUCUAUCUCUGCAACAACAGAAGAACUUGGGAAGCACGCACCUAGCAAACCGACGCUGACGGCACGUGGGCGGAGUCAAAUCCACGUGACCUGGGCCCCGCCCGAUUACCCCUUAGGAAGGAUAUACCGUUUUGAAGUCACCAUGAACGGUAAAGUGGUUUACUCAGGGCGAGAGCUGAGCUUCACUGUCAAGAAUCUCACUCCUAAUACUGAGUAUUCCUUUACGGUGAUCGCUGUGACCAGUGAAGGCAAAUGUGAGAGUGACCCAGUGAAGAAGAAAACUGGAAAGGAUGAAUAUAAUGUCCAGUCUACAGCCCCAGUCUUCUUCUCUCACCCAACCAAAGUAUCCUUAGAAGCAAAGCCAAGCAACAAAGCCAUGGAAAGAUCACAUCCUCGAUCUCUUUCAAGGCACAGUAAGAAGAGAGAACAUCAUUUGAAGCCAGGGAGUUCCCCUGCAAGCUUUGAUACAUCAAUCUCAAGACCCAUAUCAGCUGCAUCCAGCUCAUGGAGUGGGAAUCACAAAAAGAGGUCAUCUAGAGUUCGUAGUGCGCGGAAACAGAGGGAGUCUCAUCAAUCGAGCACGGAUGAUGCCCGUAAGAAUCGUCACAUCGCCGCUUUGAAGAUGCUGGAGAGAGGUCAGAAAUCAUCUACAGGAGAAGAGUCCUCAGAGUGGUCUGAGGAGGACCAGUGGAAAAGACUUACACACCGGCAGGUCGCUGGUUCAAACCACACCACAGUGAAUCCAAGUAGACACAGUGAGCCAAAGGAUGAGCCAGAAUUCUUGAGUGUCACCGUAUCUUACAAGGAUUGCAGCGAUGAUGAUGCGCUUCACAGAGAGGGCGCUACUGAGAAAUCUGCUUCGGCGGAAUCAAACGAGAUCAGGAGAAAGCAUAAGGUGUCUCGGAAGGACGUUACAUUUGACGACAAAGUGUUUUCUGAAAAGAGAGACAGGAGAAAGCAGCAUCCCGUUGGAGCACAUGGAGAAGGUUUGCCUAGCGAAGGAAUCCUAGAGCACUUCCCUGCGGACAGUGUGGACAGGAGGGCCUUGAUGCGUCUUUCGAUGUCCAUGAAGAGACAACAGACUGCCCUAGGAGUGGAACAUGAAGGUUUGAAGUAUCCCGGAGACGUCAUGUCGUCUCAUAUUCCUCAGAGGACUGGUCGAUUGCACCAUGCCAGCAAGCAGGAUUCCAAUUCGAAGAAGCAGCGCCAGCUUGAGUCUCUGGCCCACGGCAACCGCCUAUCGUUCAACCCUUCCCUUGCCAUGCAAGACCUCAGGUUGCAGGAGAACUCAAAUACCUCAAACAAUCCAACAUCCGGUGCUGGGGAGAACAAAGACUUCACCUUGAUGGCCAAUGGGUGUGUCGUCUACCAAGAGAAACCCGACUCUGCCGAGAAGAAGGAGCAUCCGAUGAGGCGCAAGUCAUCUGUCCAAGAGGACAUCAACGACGUGGAGAAGCUACCGGACCAGCUGCCUGACAGGUCGCCCAGGGACGUCGGAUCCCUCAGAGGCUCUUGGAAUGAUGUCGAUAGGUUUGGGUUUAGCGACAGUGAUAACGAUGUCUUUGACGAAGCGGGCGGGAUGGUCAGUGGAGCACCUAGUCUUCUUGAUGAUAACAAUAACCACAACAGCAAUAGCAGCACCAGAGGAGAUAAAUCACUCUCUGCCAUCAACAAGGGACUCAAACGGGAUAUCCUCUCCAGGAACCCACUGAUGGAUCACGCCUUGCCAUCACGGAGCAUCUUAGCUGACCACGGCUCCUUCUAUCAGAGAACCAAUACCUUCAUCUCAAGCCAUCGGCCCACCCUUAAGAAGAAUCUAGCAAGACUAGUAGCCCCUGGCCCCCACAACAUGCCCCCUCCGUCCAGCGCUCAGACAUCGACCUAUGACCCCGAGUUCCCUAGCAACAAGAAGUCUGGGGGCGGGGCCAAUAGUUACCAGUUCAUCCCCACCCAAUUCCGCACCCAGCCGGUCAACCUACCCACCCCUCUCCUUCCCAGGGGAAACACGCUUGCCAGUUUACAAGACAGAAUCUUACCGGCCAAUCUAAGGCUCGCACGCUGUUAUACUAGUCCAGAAAUUGAUCGUGCCUUUGUACGGAAGCUUGAGGCCCUUUCACAUUUGUCAUCAUCUCCAGGUGCUAAAUCAGCUCCAUUCUGCAAUGACUGUGGUAAAGAAUCAGACCCCAAGCCCGUCUCCCUCCGUUAUUCACACAAACAUGAAUCACACGCCCUCCAUGGCCCCAGAUUAAGGAGUGGUCAUUCGGGGAUGAUGUCACCCCCUGUUGCUAGGCGACACCAUCGCUCCUUCCUCCAAGACCACACCCAUCAUCAUUAGAGAACCAUCUUCUAGAGGAACAUUUUAAUAUGGCACAAAACCUACCGGAUUAUUAGCAUUGUUAUGGUUUCCCAACAUAUUGCUAGGUAAACAAAAUUAUUAUCUCCUCCAAAGAUUAUUUUACUUGUUUCCUAGCUACCUAAUCAUGAAAUUUAACAGUUCCAAGAUUUUGCCUGUUUUUGUAUGAUUUCUGUUAAAAUUUAGAACGAACUGUCAUAUAGACAGUGUCAUUGGUUUGCAGUAUAUGAAAAUGAAACUGAAUCAGAGAAAUGUGAUAUUUCUCACACAGAUAAUGAUGAUUUAAAAUGAUCUUCUUCCUCAAAAUCACUGUUUUGGUAAUU